CACCAGUCGGCGACGCAACCAGUGAUCUUGUUGUUGUCUUUUCGUUUAGUGCGCGUUCACCAUUUAUUUGGUUUUCUUUAUUGUAGAUUUGUGUUAAUGAAAAACGCAGUCGGCUGCUGACCAAUUGCAUUGCAAAAAGAAAUUUAUUUAAAAUCCAUUUGCUGCUGCGGCAAAUUCAAUUUCAUCGCAAUUGCUGUGCAAGUGUACAAAUAUUUCGCGACCAUUAAAAAUAAUACAACUUAAAUGUGUUAACAGUUAUUUAAAAAGGACUUUUUUUCUGUGCGGCUUGGCAAGUAAAUUGCCAGCGGUUGCCAGUUCGACCAACAAGCACUCUGUGUGUAUGAGUGUGUGUGUGUGUGUGUGUGUGUAGUGUGUCUGUCGGCAGCAAUAAAAAAAUAACAACAGUAAUCCAAUUGAGGUUUGGGCAGUCCAGUGUGCCCACGCCCGAAAACAAAAACAAGACUGAAAAUCCAGAAUGCAACUGCAAUUGAUUCCUUUGCUGCUGCUGCUAUUGCUGGCAUGCGGAGCCCAACAAAUUGCUGGCGACUACGAAAACACGUGGAACUUCUACUACGAGCAACCCUGCUGCUCCGGCAAUGAACAGUCGAAUUAUGCGAGGCACAAACGAGAUCAUGUGCGCGAGUUCACAUGCGGCAAACUCUACUACCGCACGUUUCACUUGAAUGAGGAGCGCGAUUCGCUGUAUGUGGGCGCCAUGGAUCGCGUAUUCCGUUUGAAUUUGCAAAAUAUAUCCUCUUCGUAUUGUGAUCGUGAUGUGAUCAACUUGGAGCCCACACGCGACGAUGUGGUCAGCUGUGUGUCGAAGGGCAAAAGUCAGGUCUUUGAUUGCAAGAACCAUGUGCGCGUCAUACAAUCAAUGCAGCAAGGUGAUAGGCUCUAUGUUUGUGGCACCAAUGCUCACAAUCCCAAGGAUUAUGUCAUCUAUUCGAACCUGACGCAUUUGCCACGGUCCGAGUACGUGAUCGGCGUUGGGCUUGGAAUUGCAAAAUGUCCGUACGAUCCUUUGGACAAUUCAACUGCCAUUUACGUAGAGGACGGUAAUCCCGGCGGACUGCCUGGCCUGUACUCGGGCACAAAUGCGGAAUUCACAAAGGCGGAUACUGUGAUCUUUCGAACGGAUUUGUAUAAUACGUCGGCAAAGCGCUUGGAAUACAAAUUCAAGCGCACGCUCAAAUAUGAUUCCAAGUGGUUGGACAAACCCAAUUUCGUUGGCUCCUUCGACAUUGGGGACUAUGUGUAUUUCUUUUUCCGCGAAACGGCCGUGGAGUACAUUAACUGCGGCAAGGCGGUCUAUUCCCGUAUUGCGCGUGUCUGCAAAAAGGAUGUGGGCGGCAAGAAUCUGCUGGCCCACAACUGGGCCACGUAUCUGAAGGCACGCCUCAACUGCAGCAUUUCGGGCGAAUUUCCGUUCUACUUUAAUGAGAUACAAUCGGUUUACCAACUGCCCACGGACAAGACCCGUUUCUACGCCACGUUCACGACCAGCACCAAUGGUCUGAUUGGAUCAGCCGUAUGCAGUUUCCACAUUAACGAGGUGCAGGCCGCCUUCAACGGCAAAUUUAAGGAGCAAUCCUCUUCAAACUCCGCCUGGCUGCCGGUGCUGAACUCCCGCGUGCCCGAUCCGCGACCCGGCACAUGUGUCAACGAUACCUCAAAUCUGCCAGAUACUGUCCUGAAUUUCAUACGCUCGCAUCCACUUAUGGACAAAGCCGUAAAUCACGAGCACAACAAUCCGGUCUAUUAUAAAAGGGAUUUGGUGUUCACAAAGCUCGUUGUUGACAAAAUCAAAAUCGACAUACUGAACCAGGAGUACACGGUCUACUACGUGGGCACCAAUCUGGGUCGCAUCUAUAAAAUCGUGCAGUAUUAUCGCAAUGGCGAGUCCCUGUCAAAGCUGCUGGAUAUCUUCGAGGUGGCGCCCAACGAGGCCAUCCAGGUGAUGGAAAUCAGCCAGACACGUAAAUCGCUCUAUGUGGGCACCGAUCAUCGCAUCAAGCAAAUCGACCUGGCUAUGUGCAAUCGUCGUUAUGACAAUUGCUUCCGUUGUGUGCGUGAUCCCUACUGUGGCUGGGACAAGGAGGCCAACACGUGCCGUCCAUACGAAUUGGAUCUGUUGCAGGAUGUGGCCAACGAGACGAGCGAUAUAUGCGACUCGAGUGUGCUGAAGAAGAAAAUUGUCGUCACCUACGGCCAGAGCGUUCAUCUGGGCUGCUUUGUGAAAAUACCCGAGGUACUGAAGAACGAACAGGUCACCUGGUACCAUCAUUCCAAGGACAGGGGACGCUAUGAAAUCAAAUACAGCCCUACCAAGUACAUUGAGACAACGGAACGCGGCCUGGUUGUGGUGUCUGUGAAUGAGGCCGACGGCGGGCGCUAUGACUGCCACUUGGGCGGCUCGCUUUUGUGCAGCUACAACAUAACCGUCGACGCACACAGAUGCACGCCACCGAACAAAAGCAAUGACUAUCAGAAAAUCUAUUCGGAUUGGUGUCACGAAUUCGAGAAAUAUAAAACAGCCAUGAAGUCCUGGGAAAAGAAACAAGCGCAAUGCUCGACUCGCCAGAACUUCAGCAGCAAUCAGCACCCCAAUGAUAUAUUCCGCAAGAAUAACGUUUGAUAUCAUGACAAAAGCGGCACAGUUACCAUGCCAACAUCCAUGUCUAUCAAACGUUUCUACUAAUUCCUCAAACAGUUCCCAGGAUUGAAACGCGCAAAUGAAAUGAAAUCAAAUCAAAUCGAAUCAGAGCUAAAACAGACCGCCUAGUUACAGCGAUCAAUCAUCUAUCAUCAAUCAUCAUUGGCGCUAAACUGAUAAAUUUAAGCAUUCAACUCGUAGAUACUGCAUUUAUACGAAUAUCAACGUACAUAUGUGUAUAGAGAGCCACUUCCAGUACAGUGCAUUUAUUCUACAUACUCAAAUAAUCAAGAGAGCUGAUAAAAGUUAUUAAAUACAGACACUUGUCUAUGGGUUAUACAGACCAUAAACUAGCUAGCUACAAACAAUUUAAUACAAAACUGCCACUUGCAACACAUACAAUAUUAAAACCGAAAAUAAAAAUCACUUCAUAUCGUUAUUUUAAACAAUUAAAUUAAAUUUAAAUAAUUACAUAAUUAAGCAUAUUAAUUGCAACUAAAAGUAACGCAACGUUUCAAGAUGUUAAUAAAUAAUUCUAUCAAAAAUACAACUAAAUGAAAAUGAAAAAUGAACAAACAAGUAUUACAAGUACACACACACCUAUAUAUAUAUAUACGCAUGAAAACAUAAGCAAAAUCGAAUCACAUUUCAUACAUUUUAAUUCAUCAUAAAAACAAUCAAUAUAUAUAUAUAUAUAUAUAUAUAUAAUACCGAAUUGCAUCAAAUAACUAUAAACUCUAAAGCAUAUAUAAAUCUACAUGUAAUUGGAAAAGCAAUGUGAUGUUAAGUUUUGAUAAAUCUAUUAAUUGCCUAUUUAAACGAUAUUCACACAAACAAUUGAUUCAUAAAAGGCUAUAAAAAAUAAAAAAACAUACAAGCAUAAGCAAUUUACAUACAUGCUAAGCAGCUGCCGCAUCGAUACGCACACAUUCAAAUAUAAAUAUGAAUAUAAAUUGCAUCAGAUCUGCUUUCGAACUAAA